AUGCAGUUACUAUGGAGCUAACCAAGGUACUAGUGCUGUUUGCAGCUGGUUGGACCAUUUCCCUGGCGCUACCUGUACAGGUCCUUAAUAUUACAACUGAUGAUAAUGAAACAGCAUUUGAACGAAUAUUAACUAGGAACAAAGGUAUCAUUGACCAACUACUAGAAGGUGACAUCGCCCCUCGCCCUGCCCCUUUUCGUGGUGCCAUGGUCUGUUCAAACUGCUUUUGGCCAGCAUCCCAAGAUGGGACAAUUAUUGUACCUUAUAUGAUUGCCUCUACAUACACGGAGAAUGAAAAAUCAACAAUUAAAGCAGCAAUCAGUCAGUUUGAACUCCUCACCUGUGUGAAGUUUGUUGAAAAAACAUCAGAAAAUCAUUAUAUCAGCAUAGAGAAUGCAAAUGGGUGCUGGUCAGUUCUUGGGAAAGUUGGUGGAAAACAGAGUUUGAGCCUGAGUACAAAUGGCUGCAUGACUAGCGGAACAAUCCAACAUGAAACGAUGCAUGCGCUGGGAUUUUACCAUGAGCAGAGUAGAAGUGACAGGGAUGAUUUUGUGAAAAUCAUAUGGUUUUACAUUAAUGUAGCAAUGCGGAGGAACUUUCAGAAGAGAAAUUCAAAUAAUCUGGGCCUUCCGUAUGAUUAUACCUCGAUCAUGCAUUAUUCACGAACUGCUUUCACCACCGUAAAUGGUAAAAGUACUAUAGUGCCAAAACCUGACCCUAAUGUGGAUAUUGGACAGAGAGAUGGGAUGAGUCAUCUGGAUGUAAAGAAAAUACAUAUACAAUAUAAAUGCAUUCUCUGUCGGACAAAGUUUACACAAUUUACUUCCGGCUCGUUCUCAUCUGACGAUAUCACCUUUGGAAAAGAUAAAACCUGUGUCUGGUUUUUUCAAACUCCAUCGCCCCGUAAGGUUUAUCUGGAAAUCAGUGAAAUCAAUAUCCCACAAUCAUCUGGGUGCAGUGACUCAUACUUGAAAAUUUACAAUGGUGACAGUCGUGAAUCGAAAGUUCUUCAGGACAAGGCCUGUGGGUCUUCAGUAAUCCCUCCUUUUGUUUCUACUCAAAAUAACCUGCUGAUGGAGUUUGUGAGCAAUCAGGAAGCUUCUCAAAGCAAAUUUAAAGUUCACUAUAAAGCAGUUUCUAGUGGAAACACCUUAUUCAAAGAUAAUGGGUCUGUGACAUCACCAUCAUAUCCCUCAUUGUAUCCUGAAAAUGAAGAUGCUAUUCAUACUAUAAUAGCACCAUCCGGUAAAAAGGUGUCUCUGAAAUUCACUGUGUUUAAAAUUGAAUAUUGCAAAUUUACUUGUUCCUGCGUCUGUGACUACUUGAAGAUAUCUGAUGGAGCCUCCUUAAAUGGUGCACUUCUGGGCAGAUUCUGUGGGUUUGCUGCACCUUCUGCUAUGGUAUCGACGCAAAAUGUAGUUGUAAUACAUUUUCACAGUGAUGGCUUAAAGAGUGCAGGUGGAUUCCAUCUACAAUAUAAUUUUGUUUGAUUCACCUUCAUGGAUCAAUGCAUGGGAUCGUUUUCGCACUCAACAAAAAAAUCUCCAU